GCAAGCGAGAUGACUAACAUAAAGAGUUCCGAAGUCUCUCUCGCGAGACUCCUUGGCUGCAAAAUAAAAACUUUCUUGAGUCUCUAGAAAUUAGCUAAUCAGGGUCGGUUGUUCCACCUUCAGAUAAACUAUGAGGUAAUUUAUCUAAUGGUUAAAAAUCUGAUUUGCGUUGUUCCACUUUUCGGUAAAAUUCAUCUCCCUGGUAAAUGACCAGUACCAAAAGAUAAAUUACACGGCACUCUCGGUACCGUGUAAACCACUUAUCUGACAGAUAAGUAUGUGGUGGGGAUAGAAAGCACAUACAGUGGGAGAUGCGCUGGUUAGAUUAUCCGAAAUUUUAUCGAUUUGUAAUAUAUUAAUUAUUUACGAUAAAGAAUUUAAAUAUCACGAUAUCAAAAAUGAACCGGGUUUGUGCGAAAAUCAACUUCUGUAUGGUGACGAAAAUUAUGAUGAAGGAUCUGAUGAAGAAAUAAUAGUGAUGAUUCGCAAACGAUAUACAGUUCGUCCGCGUCCAGAUUUAUUUAACGAAUAUGAUAAUAUAGAAUUUGUAAAACGGUUUCGGUUUCGCAAAUGCACUGUCCAAAAGAUUUUAACUCUUAAGAAGCAGGACUGACAGAUUCUAUGCAACUGGAACCUUUCAAGUUGCAAUUGGUGAUUUUGGUGGCAUUCACAAAUCCACCAUGUGCAGGAUUAUAAAAAAAAUUACAGAAGCAAUAGCAUCUUUACGUCCACAAUAUAUUCAUUGUCCUAAUUCAAAUCAAAGUCUAAGGCACACAAAAGAAAGUUUUUACAACAUUGCUCGUUUUCCUAAAGUCAUAGGAGCUAUUGAUUGUACUCAUGUUAAAAUACAAUCGCCAGGUGGAGAAGAGGCUGAAGUAUACAGAAGUAGAAAAGGGAUAUUUACUAUAAAUGUGCAGGCUGUUUGUGACAGCACUUUAAAAUUUUUAGAUCUUGUAGCACGAUGGCCUGAUGGCCUGGUUCAACCCAUGAUUUUUAAUGCUAGCAGAAUACAUGCAAGAUUUAUUAAUGGCGAAAUGGGAGAUGCACUAUUACUUGGUGAUAGUGGUUACGCUUGUUCCAAUUUUUUAUUGACAUCACUACUUGAAACGCAUACUCAAGCUGAACAAUUAUAUAAUGAGUCUCAAAUACGAACACGAAAUGUCAUUGAAAAAAGUUUUGGAGUAUGGAAACGAAGAUUUGCUGCACUGGCAUUUGGUUUAAGAAUCAAACCCUUAACUGCACAAGCUGUAAUAAUGGCUACUGCAGUACUACAUAAUGUUGCACGAGACGAAGCAGAACCUGAUCCUCUAGCCGAUUUCGAUGUUGAAGCUGCAUUAGAGGUAUUAGAAAUUCAAGAAGUACAAUAUCAUAAUGGCAUUGAUAAUGCUAAUGUACGACGGUCACUAAUUGAUACAUAUUUUGCACGUCUUGUCCGUUGAGGUGUACAAUUGGUAAAAAUAAAUAUAUUCUGACAUCAGGAAUGAAAUAUUUAUGUUGUAACAUGUUAUAAACUAUUAUAGCAUAACCUUAACAUCUAUUUUAUGUAAUAUAUAUUAAUAUAAUAAAUAAAAAAAGGUUAUAUAUGAA